AUUUUUAGCCAGACUGAUUGAGGGCAUUGACCCUGGAAAACAACUGGUGAGUGACGUGCUGGCCAAUUGCAGUCGCAGUCUGAGACCAGUGUUGGACGUGAACAAACAAAUUAUCGUCGGCGUGGAGUUCGAAAUCAACCAGAUCAACUCGCUCGAUGUCGUGGACCAGGUGCUGGACAUGUCUGUGUUCUUUGGGAUGCGGUGGGAGAACGAGAAAGUGUCGUGGGAUCCAGCAGACUACGACGGACACGACAGAAUACUCCUCACAGAAGACAACGACAACUGGCUACCCGACAUCGUUUUCUUCAACCAAAUUAGUGGUCAUUAUAUCACGAAGGACCUUCCGGUGCCCUACGUGAUCAACUCCUCUGGUCACACCUAUUUGUCACGCCCUCUGAGAGCGGACUUCCUGUGUGCUCUAGAUGCAUAUCACUUCCCGUUCGACGAACACGUCUGCCGACAGUCAUUGGGACCCUGGGUCCACCCGACGCCCCUCAUCCACGUGGAAACGUAUGUCCUGACAUCCAAUAUUUUGACCCCGAGCACAACCUGGGAUGUCGUAAACGUCGAAUCAGACGAGCUGAAAACAUAUCGGGGUCAAAAUUUUUCAUCUCUAUUUUUCGCUGUGCACUUAAAACGAAAAAGCGCCUUCUAUGUCGCAAACGUAAUUGCUCCCAGUAUUGCAAUCAACUAUCUCAGUCUGUUCAACUUUGUAAUUCCGGCGGAAUCCGGGGAGAAAAUAUCUUACGGAGUGACCAUCUUCCUUGCGCAGACAGUCAACAUGAUGAUGAUAUCAGACAGCAUGCCACAGGGCGCCAGUUCGAUUCCCCUCCUGGGCCAAUACCUGGUGUUUUCAAUUUUAUUUAUUGCGACCUGUCUUUUGGUGACAAUUUUUAUGGUCUCAGGGUAUAUCGAUCCGAUGUCUAAUCAUUCGAAAGUUGGGAAAGCUUUGCGGUUUGUUCUGGAAAGAAUUCGACCAAUUAUGGGUCCCAAAAAUCCAAAGCGAGAUGUGUUAACUGACAAAAAAGUUGAGGAGACCACUUUGAACAACAACUCGGUCAAUCUCGAUGACAAUGCUCGAAACGACGACAAGAUUCAGCAGAAAGCAGGAAGCAGUUCGGAGGAGACUUCGUUGGACGGUUUGACGCAGCAGGAACAAGUCGUGAUUGCGUACGCGACCAUGAAUCGAGUAUUUUUCGUUAUCUCAUUUCUGCUGAUGACUUUUCUUACCGCAAUUUAUAUGAUUAUACUAAGCGCUAAUUCGGACAGCAAAAUCCAGGGUGGGUAAUUUCUACAAGAAAAGAACAAACAAAUCUGUGAAUCAUGGUUUGAUGACUCAUAUAUACGUGUGCUCUCCAAUGAUCAAUGCCUAUAGAACAAAAAUGGUGGUUGACCCGACUAACGAAGAAAGUGACGCAAUAAUUGUGCUCGGUUGCUUUUUUUCAGAAAAUUAAAU